AUGCGAGCAAGAGCAGAAGAAAACUGGCCUGGACCUCAGGAGGUCCGAAAAUGGAGGGAGGAGGCGCACGACGUCCUCUACCAUAAAUGGACGGAGCGACUUGAAAUCCCGGGUGCUAGCCGGGAUCUAGUUACUGCUGUUCGGCCCGUUCUGAAAAAAUGGGUCGAACGUAAACACGGCACACCCUCCUUCCACCUCACACAGCUGCUGACGGGGCACGGUUGCUUCGGCUGGUACCUGUGUGAGAGGGUAACAUACUACUUUAUAACAGAGCGCGCUGUGAUCACUCACCGCAGUCCAAAAUACGUGUCUUAUAUCAACUUCACUGCUACCAGGAAGAACCGCCGCCGAAGCCCCAUGUACUACGUGGACAUCCACUACAAUUCUUUAGUUCCCUUUGACGACAACUUACAGGUGGACUUCUGGUUCUACCAGUUUCUGAGCAACGAGUAUCGCCGUAGCUUCGUGGAAAUGCACUUCAGGUGGUGUUCUCUAAUUCAUGAUGACCCGUUCUUCGGCGCCGCGAUGAAACAGGGCAAGCUUAAUGAGCCGUGUCCAUAUCCACCGGGCGACUAUCACAUGUACAACAUGAGCAUCCCCACGGCCGCUAUACCUCCAGGGUUCCCGUUCACAAAGGGCCGGAUCUUCGCAAACCUCACCCACAAUGGCAACGAUGUUUUUGGCGGCUACAUUGACAUGGAACUUAAAGAGAAGCGAGUUAAAAACUAA